AUGCCCGUUACCGGACUCUUCUUCAUCCCGGCAAAUCCAAACUCGUCUACUGCUCUAGGAACAGUAGCUAACCAGUUACGAGCAGCUUACAAUGCCGUGCCAACUGGCCGAUGGGCCCUUGAGCACAAAUUGCUAAGGGACACGCCCUCUUGCCUGCCACCAUCAGCAUACGCCCCUCUGCCGCAACUUCAACCCCGUUUCAUGCACUUUCUUUCCCUCAGCCACUUCCAGUCGCAUGGAUUCGUCUACAUCUCAGACCGGCCAAGUCCUGACCCUUGGGCACCCUCCCAACCGCACCACUCCCAAGCAGGCAUCCACGCACAUCCCGCCCAACAGCAAAUUCCGCCCCAAUCAAGCUCAUCAAACCGACUAGUAAAGGAAGAAGAUGCCCCACAAGUCUCUCGCUCCUCCUCCUCCUCCUCCUCAUGGACAAUGAUGACUCUAGACCCGGCAUCAUUCAACUCCUUUCUCGCAAUUACUCUUCGCGCAUGCGAACCCCUCUGGUGUCACAGACACACCAUGCUUGUCACAGGCGGGACCAUCUUCGAGGUCGGAGACUUCCGCAUACGCAUCGGCGAUCUACGACAGACCCAGCCCGUGCAGCGAGUCCGCGGGUGUAUUGUCGAGAUCGAAUAUCGCGGGCCGGGACAGACAGUUACGCCGAAAGACAGCGACUGGUAUCUUCCGGUGUCAGAACCAGCGACAUCGGCGGCAUUGGGGGUGGAAGACGGGUUUUUAGGGAUUGGUGGUGGGGCUGGGGAUGCCGAGGAAGAGCUCCUCACUGAGGAAGAUUGGGUUGUGGGCGAAAAGCUGAUUCGGGAAUUUUGGGGUCGUUUUUCUGUGCCUGGGGCUAAGGAAGCGAUUCGUGUACCUGGUUUGCUGACGGAGACGAAUAAAGCUAGGCAGAGAGGGACGAAGAGGCUCACGACCAUGGACGCGGGUAUGACGAACACUGGGAUCGCGGGUGCAGAUUUGGCGAGGCAGUAUAUGGAGCUGUUGCGGUUCAAUCGGUGA